AAAUAACCUUCUGCUCUUGAGAAAGCAAACUAGUUACUGGCCGUAGUGUUCAUGGUUUCAUCUUUCAUUUCUUACCAUUUGAAACGAUAGUUCACGGACAAUAUUUUUAGUUGGCCAUGUUCGUGUAGCUGAUUUCAGAGAUCUGUACCGAAUAUAACAACAUAAACUGAAAUGGAACAAGUCUUGCCAGCGUUUCAGAUGCACAGCAUGUUUUUUGUUAUGGCUCUCGAGCUCUCUAAUUGCAUGGCAGUGAAAGUGUGGGCUCUCGUGUCGUCAGCUCGUCACCGAUCCGUGGCUUGUUUUAGGGAGUUGGAAUGGUUUCUGGUAAUAGUUUUUAAUGAAGACGGACAAGGCAAUUAAGCAGUGUCCGCAGUGUGAUCGCUUUGAGGACGACUACCAGGAAAAAAGCGAAGUGUUCCAUGUAGCGUGAAGUCUUGCGACAUUUCGUGCUAUAAGACAGAGAUGACGGCUCUUGAACAGUCAGUUGUCGUUAAGUUCAAGAUAACAUAUCUUCUUCCAACGAUUAUUAGACUUGUUGUCAGAGUUCCCAUCAGAAGAAAAACAAAUGGCAUCGAUUGAUGUUUGGAUGUCACUUUUGUCGAUGAUUUGUAUCAUGGUUGCGCCAAAUUGGAGUUUUGAACAAGAUGAGAUAGAAGAUUUCUAUGAAGAAACUGUGGUACUGAAAACAAAGACAGGUUCACUGCGAGGUCAAAAAGAGGUUGUCGAUUUUAAAACAUUCUACUAUUCGUUCAAAGGCAUUAAAUAUGCCAAGGCACCUACAGGAGAAAGGCGUUUUCAGCCUCCAGAAGCAGAGGAACCUUGGUCGGGUAUUCGUAAUGCUUUAAAAGACGGAUAUCUUUGCCCUCAAUUUAACCUGCAAAGCAACAAACCAGUCGGAGAUGAGGAUUGCCUGACACUAAACAUUUAUACGCCUUCUAUACGUGGUUCACGGGCUGUGAUGGUCUUUCUGCACGGUGGGGCCUUUGUGACGGGAGGUGGGGUAUCGUACUUUUUUGGCCCACAGCUUCUGCUGGAACAGGAUAUAGUUCUGGUUACCGUACAAUAUCGUCUCGGCGCUCUAGGUUUCUUGAGUAGUGGUGAUAACCGAGCUCCAGGUAACUGGGCACUAUUGGAUCAAGUGGCGGCUCUACGCUGGAUUAAAGAUCACAUUUCGGAUUUUGGAGGAGACACCGACUCGGUGACACUGUUUGGACAAGACAGCGGAGCAGUAUCAGCAACACUGCUUGGUAUGUCGCCUCUAGCUGAUGGGCUAUUCUCUCGAAUUAUUGCUCUAUCUGGUAACGCCCUGUGUGGCCAGUACAUCCAACAUAAACCAAGAGAAGCAACUUUGGAACUUGCACGACGGGUAGAAUGCUCUGAGAUGGGAAUGAAAGAAACGGUUGAUUGCCUGCGCAAGGUGUCUGUUGAAGAUAUUAUUCUUAAAUCCACCGAUAUGCAUAUGUUUUAUAGUUUUCCUCGGAGGUUCACGCCUGUGGUGGACGGUGUCGUUAUUCUGGCCGAUCCUGAAGAAAUGCUGACAAAAGGUUCUUUUCAUCGCGUGCCUACUUUAACCGGACAAACAAAAGAAGAGGGAGCCUUCUUUUAUCGACUGACGCUGAAUACGUUAAGUAACGGCCAUUACGACGACAGUUUUAUCGACCAGCUUCCCCGCCUUCUGCCAAUGAUGUCGGAAUUCGAUCGCAAGCUUCCGUCUUUAUCAAAAGCUAUACGACGAAAGUAUUUUCGCAACGUCGAUCUGGAUGAAGAGGAUCAGUUUAGACCAAAAUAUGUCGAGUUUUUAACUGAUUUGCUCUACACGCGCUGCACGGAUCGUUAUUCACAUCUACUCGCAAACCAUAGCGUGCCGAUCUAUCGCUAUAUUUUCGAAUAUCGCGGCCAAUAUAGCGUUGUAAACCUGCAGGGUGAAAUCGCUGACUUCGGUGUUGCCCAAGGAGACGAUCUUCAAUAUGUUUUUAGUGAUCUGUGGGGCAAAGAGUUUCUGAUGUCAUCCCACGAUAUCGAAUUCAGCCAGAAUGUCUUCGUCCCUUUGUUCACCAAUUUCGCGAAAACCGGCGUCCCUACUCCAAAAAUUACCGAUCAUAUACCAACGUCAUGGACAUCGUUUAAUAAGAACCGUCGAUUUUUACGCAUUGGUACAAUUUUGGCGGUUGAUUCAGAUUACCGAGCUGAUGCCACUCGUUUCUGGAACGAGGAGAUUUCUGCCAUAUAUUCAACUAGUAAGAUAAAUAAAACUAUUGUCAGCACUGCAAGUGCUGUAAAAGAUGAACUUUAAACAUACAUAUUAUAGAUGAAAACACAGUGCAAAAGAUUCUUCAUUCAAACAUUGAACUAAUUUUUAUCUCUUGAUUGUGUUUGUGAUUGUGUUAUUUUGUUGAUUGAUUGUGUUAUUUUGGUAAUACUUACCCAAAUAUUAUCUAUUAAGAAGUGGCCUAGCAGCUUUUUGAAACAUUCCUUGCCAUUGAACAAACAUUAAUGUUUGCGUAGAUUACUUUAAAUAGCAUGUACACAUCAUUCAAAGUUGUUAAAAAGUAAGUAGAUUCAUUGUACAGCAAAAGACUUGUAUUUUGGUCAAAACUUUUGCCGCAUCACAUUAGAUCAUAGGUACCGAAAUACAUCAUUCGAGUGGGAUGCUAAGAUCGAAUUGAAAGAUUUAACAUAAAAAACAAUUUUGUAUACUCGAAGAAAAUUGUGCAGAUCCAAUAAAGCAAUACAGGUGAA